AAAUAAAAGUCAAGUUUGAGAUGCUGUUAUAUAUUAAUUCACAUUUUAUCUUGUUAAUCAAAGUUGUGUAAAUUAAGAAGACAAAUCAAGAAAACGUAUUGAUUAUUGAUUGCUGCAGAAUAUGAGAAGCUAAAAAUUACAACUUUUGAAAUGGCUGAAGAUAGUAGUAAUGAUCUAUGUAGAGAAGACUUUGAUGCUGGACCAUCAAGUUAUGAUGAAAUAGAACCAAAUUUAUAUCUGGGUAAUCUUACAGCUGCUACAGAUAUAAAAUGGUUAAAAGAAACUAAAAUUACACAUAUACUUACUGUUGAUUCGUGUCCAUUGCCAAGAAAAGUUCAAAUUCUUCCCAAUGUUAAUUUAAAAUUUAUUCAAAUCACAGAUAUGCCUCGUGAAGAUUUUUUAAUUCACUUUGAAGACUCUUAUCAAUUUAUUAACUAUGCUCUUCAAGAUGGUGGGAAAGUUUUAGUCCACUGCUAUUUUGGAGUUUCAAGAUCUGCAACUCUGGUUAUUGCUUAUAUAAUGAAAAAACAUGAGAUGAAUUAUGAUGAUGCGUUUGAGUUUGUUAAAGCUAAAAGACGAUUUGUUGGACCAAAUCCUGGAUUUAUAGCACAAUUAAAGUUAUAUGAGACUAUGGGUUGGACAAUCAAUACUCAAGAUGUUCAAUUUAAAUUAUAUCGUCUUCAAAUAGCCGCUGAUAAAGUUCGUAAAGCCAAAAUUCUUCCUUCAAGUUUUGCUGAUUUAAUUAAACCAGAUCCCUCUUUGGCGACUGUCCGUCCAGAGCCUACUGUUUAUCGAUGUAAAAAAUGUAGAAGAAUCGUAGCUAGUGCAAGUAAUUUACUCCCACAUUCUCCUCAAGAGAAGCAAGUUUGGAGAUAUGUUAGUGUAAGAAAACAAGAGAUGAGAUCAAAGCAAAUGAAGGCUUUAGAAGAGGUUGAAAAAGCUAAGAAAGAGGACAAGUCCACUGAGAUUUGUACUAAAACCUAUUUUAUAGAACCUUUAGCUUGGAUGCCAGAUAUUAUGCAUAACGUGGAAGGAAAGCUUAAUUGUCCUAAAUGUGAAACAAAAUUAGGAUCUUAUAGUUGGGUUUCUGGAUGCCAGUGUCCUUGUGGUACAAAAAUUGCACCUGCUUUUUAUUUGAUCCCAUCCAAAGUCGACUGGAGUAAUGCUGUACAAAAUGUUGUGUAACUAAAAUUAACCCUAAUCUUCCACACACGGGUCAUUGAAUUUGGCAUGAAAAAUUGGCGGUCGGAGAAAUACUUAUAGGAUUACGUAACUUUAAAGAUUAGUAUCAUCCGUUAAAAUCACUUGAAGCGUUAUUGACACAAAGAGUAACCCAUGUGUGGGGGAUUUAGUGUGUUGAAAAAUAAUGUAGAGGACUAGGGUGAAUAGAAAUGCAUGUAAAAUUACUACUGCACACUCACAC